UUUCACUGCUUCUUUCAAAGUUGACAAAACUAAAACUCAUACUCGAGUAAUUUGUGGCGGCGAAGCUCCAUAGAGAUGGCGGCGAGGAACGACAUCGACGAUCUUCCUAAGAACGCGGCCAACUACACCGCGUUGACGCCUCUCUGGUUUCUGGAAAGAGCAGCUACAGUUCACCCUAACAGAGCAUCCCUGGUACACGGAUCCGUACGCUACACUUGGAGUCAGACUUACCAGCGUUGCCGUAGAUUGGCCUCUGCUCUUUCUCAACGGUCUGUGGGACUCGGUAGCACGGUAGCCAUUGUUGCACCAAAUGUCCCAGCUCUCUAUGAAGCUCAUUUCGGAAUUCCAAUGGCUGGAGCUGUGUUAAAUUGUGUCAAUAUUCGUCUAAAUGCACAAACAAUUGCCUUCCUUCUAGGUCAUUCAUCAUCUACUGUUGUUAUGGUGGACCAAGAGUUUUUUUCUCUGGCUGAAGAAGCUUUGAAAAUCUUGGAGGAGAAAAGCAAAGGCAACUAUAAGCCUCCAAUUUUGAUUGUCAUAGGUGACGAAAGCUGUGAUCCUAAGGUACUGGAAUAUGCUUUGGGAAAAGGCGCCAUUGAGUAUGAGAAAUUCCUGGAAACGGGUGACCCUGAGUUUGCCUGGAAGCCACCACAGGAUGAGUGGCAAAGCAUUGCUUUAGGAUAUACUUCUGGUACAACAGCAAGUCCAAAAGGGGUGGUGUUGAGUCACCGUGGGGCAUAUGUAAUGUCUAUGAGUAAUCCUAUUAUUUGGGGGAUGACUGAAGGAGCUGUAUACCUGUGGACUUUACCAAUGUUUCAUUGCAAUGGCUGGUGUUUCACUUGGUCACUUGCAGCUCUCUGUGGUACAAACAUAUGCCUUCGGCAGGUGAUAGCCAAGGCAGUUUACUCUGCCAUAGCCAACUAUGGUGUGACUCACUUCUGUGCUGCACCUGUGGUUCUAAACACAAUAGUCAAUGCCUCACCGGAGGACACUAUCCUUCCCCUCCCCCAUGUUGUAAAUGUAAUGACAGCUGGUGCCGCUCCACCCCAAUCUGUUCUCUUUGCAAUGUCCCAGAAGGGCUUCCGUGUCACCCACACAUAUGGUCUCUCAGAAACCUAUGGUCCUUCCACCGUUUGUGCUUGGAAGCCUGAGUGGAACUCACUGCCGCUUGAAACCCAAGCUCGUCUAAAUGCACGCCAAGGGGUGCGGUACGUUGGUUUAGAAUUUUUAGAUGUCAUUGAUACUCAAACAAAGAAGCCUGUUCCAGCUGAUGGAAAAACCAUAGGAGAGAUUGUGUUUGGUGGUAAUAGUGUGAUGAAGGGCUAUCUAAAGAAUCCAAAAGCCAAUGAGGAAGCUUUUGCAGAUGGGUGGUUUCAUUCUGGGGAUCUCGCGGUAAAGCAUCCUGAUAACUACAUUGAAAUCAAGGACAGAUCAAAGGACAUUAUCAUCUCUGGAGGUGAAAACAUCAGUAGUUUGGAGGUAGAAAAUAUACUUUACUUGCACCCUGCAGUUCUUGAGGCAUCUGUGGUGGCUAGGCCAGAUGAGCGUUGGGGAGAGUCUCCUUGUGCUUUCAUAACAUUGAAGCAAGGAGCCAAUAAGGAUGAGGUGCAAUUGGCAGAAGACAUCAUGAAGUUCUGCCGAUCAAAGAUGCCAGCUUACUGGGUUCCAAAGUCAGUAAUAUUUGGACCUCUGCCAAAGACAGCUACUGGGAAGAUUCAGAAGCAUAUUCUAAGGGCCAAGGCGAAAGAGAUGGGACCUGUGAAAAGAAGUAAGCUGUAAUGUGUCAUUCUCUGAUGAUGAUGAAACAGAGAACAGGCUCUUGUAAUGUUUAGUAUUGUUGAACAAUUAUGCUUCAUGCAUGUCUCUAAUAAAUGAACCUUAUUAUAUUAUAAA